AUGGUGGCUGGAGAAGUCUUCUAUUCGUCUCGGCUCUACUCCCUGCAGGCGGGAGCGGGGGAAGUCGUCGCCACCUCUCCACUUGGUGGUGGUGGGCGGGGGGGGAGGCUCAACAUAAUGGCGGCUGAGGAGAGCGGCUUGGUUACCUCUGCCGGGAUGGUGGGAGCCGUUGCUGGAGCUGACUCGGAGCAUUACCCCACCUUCUGUCGGGACAAGGAGCUGGGGCCUCAGGGCCUCUUCCUGGUGGGCUCUGGGGGGGACGGUUCAGGCGCCGGCGGUCCGGCUUUGUGCUCCGCGCUGGGACUCCUGGGGCUAGACUCGGGGCCUACCUCUCUGCUGUCCGGAGGCAGUAGCACCGGGACAGCAACUGGCCAGGCCCAGGGGCUGGAGGUGUCCGGAAGGGUGCUCCCCCCCCCCAAACCCAGCACUGUCGUCUUUCCCUCGCUGCCGCUACAGCCCCCUUCCUUGGUGGGGGAGCUCGGGACCAUGGAAGAAGGUGACUCGUUGGAUGGGCCGGAGUAUGAAGAGGAGGAGGUGGCCAUCCCGCUCAACGCUCCUCACACGAACCAAUGGUAUCAUGGAAAACUUGACAGAGCAAUUGCAGAAGAACGUCUUCGGCAAGCGGGAAAACCUGGAAGUUACCUUAUUCGAGAGAGUGAUCGAAGACCGGGUUCAUUUGUGCUUUCAUUCCUUAGUAAAACAAAUGUCAAUCAUUUUAGGAUUAUUGCCAUGUGUGGUGACUACUAUAUUGGUGGACGUCGCUUUGCUUCACUCUCAGACCUAAUUGGUUAUUACAGUCAUGUGUCUUGUUUACUGAAGGGAGAAAAAUUAUUCUUUCCAGUAGCACCUCCAGAGCCUGUGGAAGAUAGAAGGAGAGUUCGAGCAAUUCUACCUUAUACCAAAGUGCCAGAAACUGAUGAAAUCAGUUUCCUUAAAGGAGAUAUGUUUAUUGUCCAUAAUGAAUUGGAAGAUGGUUGGAUGUGGGUGUCAAACCUACGGACAGAUGAACAAGGUCUUGUUGUAGAAGACCUGGUAGAAGAAGUGGGAAGAGAAGAAGAUCCACAUGAAGGCAAAAUAUGGUUCCAUGGGAAGAUCUCCAAACAAGAGGCUUACAAUUUGCUGAUGACAGUUGGUCAGGUGUGCAGUUUUCUUGUGAGGCCUUCAGAUAAUACACCUGGUGAUUAUUCACUUUAUUUUCGGACCAGUGAAAAUAUUCAGCGUUUUAAAAUAUGCCCAGCAUCAAGCAAUCAGUUUAUGAUGGGAGGCAGAUAUUAUAAUAGCAUCGCUGAGAUCAUUGAACAUUAUAGAAAAGAACAGAUUGUUGAAGGAUAUUACCUUAAAGAUCCUGUUCCAAUGCAGCAUCAAGAACAAGUGGUCAAUGAUACAGUGGAUGGGAAAAAAAUCUACAAUACGAUUCGUCGUAAAACAAAGGAUUCUUUUUAUAAAAAUAUUGUCAAAAAAGGAUAUCUUCUGAAAAAAAGUAAAGGAAAGAGAUGGAAAAACUUGUACUUUAUAUUGGAGGGAAACGAUGUCCAGCUUAUUUAUUUUGAAAGUGAAAAACGAGCCACAAAACCUAAGGGAUUAAUAGACCUUAGUGUGUGUUCAGUCUAUGGAGUACAUGACAGUUUAUUUGGCAGGCCAAACUGUUUUCAGAUAGUAGUUCAGCACUUCAGUGAAGAGCAUUACAUCUUUUACUUUGCAGGAGAAACUCCAGAACAGGCACAGGAGUGGAUGAAGGCUCUGCAGAUGUUUUGCAGUUUAAGAAAAAACAGUCCAGGGACAUCAAAUAAACGUCUACGUCAGGUCAGCAGUCUUAUUUUGCAUGUAGAAGAAGCUCACACACUCCCAGUAAAACAUUUUACUAAUCCAUAUUGUAACAUCUACCUGAACAGUGUCCAGGUAGCAAAAACACAUAUCAAGGAAGGGCAGAACCCUGUAUGGUCAGAAGAAUUUGUCUUUGAUGAUCUUUCAUCUGAUAUUAAUAGAUUUGAGAUAAGUCUUAGCAACAAAACAAAGAAAAGUAAAGAUCCAGAUAUAUUGUUUAUGCGUUGCCAAUUAAGCCGAUUACAUAAAGGACAUGCAACAGAUGAGUGGUUUCAACUUAGUUCCCAUAUACCACUGAAGGGUAUUGAACCAGGAUCUUUGCGUGUUCGAGCACGAUAUUCUAUGGAGAAGAUCAUGCCAGAAGAGGAAUACAGUGAGUUUAAAGAGCUCAUACUCCAGAAAGAGAUGCAUGUAGUCUAUGCUUUGUCACAUGUUUGUGGACAGGACAGAACACUGUUGGCUGGCAUUUUAUUGAAGAUUUUUCUUCAUGAAAGGCUUGAGUCACUAUUGUUACGAACACUAAAUGACCGGGAAAUAAACAUGGAAGAUGAAGCUACUACUUUGUUUCGUGCCACCACUUUAGCAAGUACACUUAUGGAGCAAUAUAUGAAAACCACAGCAACACAUUUUGUUCACCAUGCACUGAAAGAUAGUAUAUUAAAGAUAAUGGAGAGCAAGCAGUCCUGUGAGUUAAAUCCCUCAAAAUUAGAAAAAAAUGAAGAUGUAAACACUAAUUUGGCACAUCUACUCAGUAUACUUUCAGAAUUGGUGGAAAAAAUAUUUAUGGCUGCAGAGAUACUGCCUCCGACAUUGAGAUAUAUUUAUGGAUGCUUACAGAAGUCUGUUCAAAACAAGUGGCCAGCUAAUACCACAAUGAGAACAAGAGUUGUUAGGGCUGCUACCCAGGGAACUCUCCGAAUUAGUUGCUUAAAUAAGGUGAAGUUUGCCCUCCGGAAGUCCAAAGCACUCAAUGCUUUCAUCCUCUACCUCAAGUUCUGUGGCGUCAAGAGAUUCCCUAAUAUACAGGGCCACCCCUCCUCCUCUUCUCCCUCGCCUGUCUCGCUUAAAGAGCUUGAGCCAUAUAUGGAGGGAGUAAACCCAUUCAUCAAGAAUAACAAACAUCGCAUGAUCAUGUUCUUAGAUGAACUUGGGAAUGUUCCUGAGCUUCCGGACACUACAGAACACUCUAGAACUGACUUAUCUCGUUAUCUGGCAGCCUUGCAUGAGAUGUGUGUGGCACAUUCAGAUGAACUUCGGACACUCAGUAAUGAACGAGGUGUAAUGCAGCAUGUUCUUAAGAAGCUGUUGGCUAUUACAGAACUCCUUCAACAAAAGCAAAAUCAGUAUUCAGUGUCUAAUAACAUCAGUUAG